AUGGCGGAUGAUGAAACGACAGCUGAAACGGAGGGUGAAUUCGAAAAUUAUCCCAGUGUGGUGUAUCCACAUUUACAAGAACUUGAAAGAACGUUCUUCGAGAUUGUUGCCAGUGGAAGUGUCGCCGAAGUGCGAUUAUUUCUAGAAAAGCAGCCAGAUUUCAAUAUAAACGCUAUUAAUUUUCAAUUUGGCGCUUUGUUCUCUCAGGGUGUUAGCGCACUUCACAUCGCAGUCGGUGAGAGAAACGUGGCGAUGGUCGAGUAUCUGUUGUCUCAUCCGGAUAUUGACCCGGGUGACGCGCAUCUACACGCAAUCAGAGAUAAUCAAACCAGGAUCGCUAUACUGAUAUUGAACAAGCUGAAUGAAUUGACGCCGGGGCUGGAAUAUGCCGGCGUCACUCACAGUCCUGAUUUUCCAGACGAUACAACCCCUCUCGCUGUGGCGGCGCAAUACGGACAUUUCGAGAUGAUUGAUAUGCUCAGGUUCCGACGUCACAUUCUACAGAAACCUCAUCCGCCCAGUUGCAACUGCGAUAAAGUUUGCAAGUACGCUAUAUACGGAGUAAUAUACACGGAAUGCAAAUACAGAAGUUGGAUGAUGUCUUUUAUCCUUAUAUUUAUUUUAAUACUUUAUCGUUAUGUACGCAGACCGGAAAGAGAGAGAGCUGAUAUCCUGACCAUCGAGAAGAUGAGAUUGUUUUUAUAUAACGCGGUAUCGAAUCCGGCGUACAUCUGCCAAACUGAAGAAGACCCGAUACUGAAAGCUUUCGAAUUGUCCGCUGAGCUUAGCAGAGAAGCGUCAUUCGAUAAGGAAUUUUAUCCCGACUAUAAAGCGCUAUCCAGUGUUAGUGAGACUUUAUUUUAUUUUUUUACUUCAAAUUCAUUAGAUAAUCACCAAUCUUUAAUUAGCAAAGUUAUUAAAUUCAUAACAGAAGUCAAAAUAUUCUUAUUAUUAAGAUUUUAAUUACAUCUGCGAUGUACUAAAAUAUGUUUCUUAUUUAACUAUAAAAACCUAAUAGUCUACUAUUUUAUGAUAAAGGAGGUAUCCCAAUUCGCUACAGAUUUGAUCGGAUGUGCUCGUAAAGCCGAGGAAGUCGAAUGUGUACUAAAACAGAUCGCUGGUUUUGGUCGCACUUCUAGUUUCAUGUAUCCACGACUUUUGCUGGCUCUGGAUUAUAAACAAAAAACUUUCGUAGCCCAUUCAAACGUGCAACAGGUACUCGUUGAAAGUAAAUGGAUUGGCACUUGGCACGAAUGGAAGGUCAGAAGUACAUGGCUAAAGUGCCUAUCUGUAAUCCCGCAGAUUGGCAUGCUACCAGUCAUGGCGCUCGUCAUGUUGUUAACGCCAAACUCGAAACGAGCGAAGUUCUAUGAAAUCCCAGUUAACAAAUUUCUCUCCUCCGUAGCAAAUUACCUAAUAUUUCUCACAUUCGUGUUUUUGCAAUCACGCAGCGACAAAACCGAGCAGUUUCGUGGACCACCAAAUACUGGCACGUAUGAGCUUGUCAUGCUCGUGCUGUUCAUUCUGACGUUUAUUUUCUGGAUAGUUGCCGCGUUGGACGUUAGAAUAAACGGUCAACGUGACUUAGAAAGAAAAUAUUGGCACAAAUACGAUCCGACUUUAAUAGCGGAGGGAAUUUUCUGUCUUGCGACGAUCAUGGCAUUCUUUAAGCUGUUAUUUAUCUGCCAGCUAGACUACGAUCUCGGACCUCUGCAACUUUCAUUAGUUAAGAUGAUUAGAGACGUCGGUCACUUUGUCGCAAUAUUUGGUAUCAUUAUUAUGGCCUUCACAGUUGGACUAUGCAAACUUUAUCAGUAUUAUAAUGGGAUGGUGCAAACUGAUGACGAGUCGAAAUUAAAGACCGAGCAAGAAAGUUCCUUUGUUGACUUCAAAUCAACUCUAAAAACUCUCUUUUGGGCCGUCUUCUGUAUGAGCCCGGUAGAAAGCGCCGACGUGAUCAUCGAAAAUCUUCCAGGUGAAAGGGAAUCCGAGACAAUAAUCAACUACCAUAGCUUCACUGAGUUUAUCGGUUAUCUUUCUUUUGCCAGUUUCGAAUUUAUAUCCGUGAUAGUCGUUUUGAAUAUGCUAAUUGCAUGUAUGGCAAACACCUUUACCAGAGUGACUGAUAACGUUAAUGUAGAGUGGAUUUUUGGCCGAACUGAGGUCAGUGAAUUCUCGUACAUUUUGCUGCAGGAAGAUUUAGAAGAGAAAAAGGACGAGCGAUUCGCGGAAGUUAUGGCGUUACUGGUGCAACGUUACUUUCGUCAACGCGAAAAGAAGAUGGAAGAAACGGACGUGCAAAAAUUGAGAAAAGAAUUGAUGGAAUUUAGUAACAUCCUGAAAGAGGCUCUUAGUCCGUCUUAAAAGAGUGCUUAAAAAUUACAUUAAUUUACAAAAAAGGCAACGGAAGAGAUACUUUACAGUUACAUUAAAUCUGACAUCGUCAUCGACCGGAGAAAGGACUAGAGAAAUCGCGCGAAAUCGAUAUGAGAUCAAAUUUAUUCCGUGAUGACAUUGAUGAAUUAUUUCCGAGAAUUUAUUCUCUCCUCUUUUAUAAUAGACGUAGACACGUAAACGGAAAAAAUAUUUUACACUAGGGACGCACCUAUGCGUGCGUGUGUAUACGUUAUAUUUUUCAUGAUCUUGUUACGCGCUAGGUUUUAGAUUUCACCGCACGUUCUGGCAGUCUUCGUUAAUAAUUUGCGGACGACAAUACGCACGUGGCGUCGGAAACAAACUAACGAAGCUUAUUAAAUGUAUUACACAUAUGUAUAUUUGUGCAUUUAAUUUAUCUCUGUAGCUGUCGUUAAUAGAAACCGUUAUUUAACUCUUUGUGCACUUCAUUUCUUCUUAAAAAUAUACGUAUUUUGUAUAAAAAUCUACGCUAAUAUUCUACAUUUCAAGUUUAAUGUACAUCAUAACUCGCGUAAUAUAAAUAUCGCUAUUUGCAAUAUACCGCAAUAAUAUUUGCAAUACCACUGUAUACGUGAAACUACUCCGUUUAAUGAUAUUUUUUCGAACAGAAUUGUACAAAUGUAAUUUAUCGAUAUUUUUAGUAUAAUUUGAACUAAAAGAGUAUGUUAAACAUUCCUUACUUGGAAAAGCGAAAAAAGCUUUUAGGAAGAGAGCUGCUUGCUAAAGAUUUCUAUAUAUUAUACAGAGAUGGGGUGGAACGGGGGAGAAGGGAUGUGAGUGAGAGAAGAGAGGAGCUUGAGAGGAUGCGCACUGUACGAUGAAGCAUUCGCUGUCACAGUUUGCACGCGACUCUCGCGCUGUAAACAGUACGAUAGUGUCUCAGAAAUUUGUCUGUGUCAUUCGUGUCAUUAAAUUUCAGUGCUUCCUUCCUACUAACAAAUCCUUCUUGCAAUAAAACCUUAAUGACUGUCAGCUUUCUUACUCAAUUAACGUGACAAUGCGUUGAAUGAUUGCGAGUUUAACAAUAAAGCCCGUAUAUUUGCCAAAGUUAAAUAUCAUUUUGUAAUUCAUCAUAUAUAGUAAAUUUUACGAGAAAAUGAAUUCACUUAAUCGCUGCAGUUUACAAAAACUUUAAGUGAGCAUGAAGUGUUUUGGUCAAGUUUCAAAAAUGAUCAGCAGAUUGGUGUACAGAGUUUUAUGUUUUUUACUUCGAAAAGAUCGCUGCGUUCGAAAUGUGGAAUUAUUCAAGCGCAAUGAAAGCGAGACGCUUUGAGAUACCAAAGGGGAAAGAGGAAAAAUCCAGUGCUAUUCCAUUUGUCGAUUCCAAGGUGAAUGAGGGCGAGGUGAAGUUCAAUGACGCGCAUGAAUCGGAUAUUCUGCGUCUACAGACCGU